UAAUCACAAGUUUUUUUGGCAUUAAAAACUGGCCAUUCUUCAAACCGUUACGUUAAACGUGAACAUGGAACACCACUAGCAAGUCACGUGACCAGCUUGCGUUUGAGAGCGCAUCACAGCUGCUUGUAAAUAGAGGCUGUAAAUAUAAUUAUAGCAGAUAAAGAUGAGUUUGGGAGCACGCGCCACCAAGGGUGGUGCGAAGGGGAAGGACAAAGCCCAGGACAAGGCCAAGGGCGUCGACAAACCACCGGCCAAGGAGAAGGUCAAACAACAGCUACAGGCAACCACAGAACAGAUGCGUAUGGCAAACAUUAUCGACCGCAAAAGCGACGACUCCACGGACGUCCGAAGAAUGGUGCUAGAACUGAUGGAGAUGACAUGUCGCACUGAGGAGGAGGUGUGUUCGGCGCUGCACGACUCUGACAACGACAUGGUCGCCGCCUGUAACCUGCUGCUGGAGGAGAGUCAGCGAAUACAGGGCGAAUGGCAGACAAGCGAAAAGAAGAAGAAAAAGCCACCAGCCGCCGCCGGAAACGGCGAGCCCGAGCCCCCUCGCGAGCGAGAGGCGCGAGAGCCGAGGGAACGAUCUGGCCCGCCGCGUCCACGUCGCGGACAAGCGGAGGCGCGCGGGCGGGGCCGCGGCGCAGCGCGGGGGCGCGCGCGCGGCGCCCGGCGCGGGCCGCCCGGCCGACCGCGGCCGCGCGCCGACCUGGGCGAGCACGGUCGCGGACAAGCGGAGGCGCGCGCGCGGCGCCCGGCGCGGGCCGCCCGGCCGACCGCGGCCGCGCGCCGACCUGGGCGAGCACGGUCAGUACCUACUACUACACACUUCCUCACCUUAGAGCCCGGUAGCAGGUCGCGGACAAGCGGAGGCGCGCGCGCGGCGCCCGGCGCGGGCCGCCCGGCCGACCGCGGCCGCGCGCCGACCUGGGCGAGCACGAGCCCGGUAGCAGGUCGCGGACAAGCGGAGGCGCGCGCGCGGCGCCCGGCGCGGGCCGCCCGGCCGACCGCGGCCGCGCGCCGACCUGGGCGAGCACGGUCAGUACCUACUACUACACACUUCCUCACCUUAGAGCCCGGUAGCAGGUCGCGGACAAGCGGAGGCGCGCGGGCGGGGCCGCGGCGCGGCGCGGGGGCGCGCGCGCGGCGCCCGGCGCGGGCCGCCCGGCCGACCGCGGCCGCGCGCCGACCUGGGCGAGCACGGUCAGUACCUACUACUACACACUUCCUCACCUUAGAGCCCGGUAGCAGGUCGCGGACAAGCGGAGGCGCGCGCGCGGCGCCCGGCGCGGGCCGCCCGGCCGACCGCGGCCGCGCGCCGACCUGGGCGAGCACGAGCCCGGUAGCAGGUCGCGGACAAGCGGAGGCGCGCGCGCGGCGCCCGGCGCGGGCCGCCCGGCCGACCGCGGCCGCGCGCCGACCUGGGCGAGCACGGUCAGUACCUACUACUACACACUUCCUCACCUUAGAGCCCGGUAGCAGGUCGCGGACAAGCGGAGGCGCGCGGGCGGGGCCGCGGCGCGGCGCGGGGGCGCGCGCGCGGCGCCCGGCGCGGGCCGCCCGGCCGACCGCGGCCGCGCGCCGACCUGGGCGAGCACGGUCAGUACCUACUACUACACACUUCCUCACCUUAGAGCCCGGUAGCAGGUCGCGGACAAGCGGAGGCGCGCGCGCGGCGCCCGGCGCGGGCCGCCCGGCCGACCGCGGCCGCGCGCCGACCUGGGCGAGCACGGUCGCGGACAAGCGGAGGCGCGCGGGCGGGGCCGCGGCGCAGCGCGGGGGCGCGCGCGCGGCGCCCGGCGCGGGCCGCCCGGCCGACCGCGGCCGCGCGCCGACCUGGGCGAGCACGAGCCCGGUAGCAGGUCGCGGACAAGCGGAGGCGCGCGCGCGGCGCCCGGCGCGGGCCGCCCGGCCGACCGCGGCCGCGCGCCGACCUGGGCGAGCACGGUCAGUACCUACUACUACACACUUCCUCACCUUAGAGCCCGGUAGCAGGUCGCGGACAAGCGGAGGCGCGCGGGCGGGGCCGCGGCGCGGCGCGGGGGCGCGCGCGCGGCGCCCGGCGCGGGCCGCCCGGCCGACCGCGGCCGCGCGCCGACCUGGGCGAGCACGGUCAGUACCUACUACUACACACUUCCUCACCUUAGAGCCCGGUAGCAGGUCGCGGACAAGCGGAGGCGCGCGCGCGGCGCCCGGCGCGGGCCGCCCGGCCGACCGCGGCCGCGCGCCGACCUGGGCGAGCACGGUCGCGGACAAGCGGAGGCGCGCGGGCGGGGCCGCGGCGCAGCGCGGGGGCGCGCGCGCGGCGCCCGGCGCGGGCCGCCCGGCCGACCGCGGCCGCGCGCCGACCUGGGCGAGCACGAGCCCGGUAGCAGGUCGCGGACAAGCGGAGGUGCGCGGGCGGGGCCGCGGCGCAGCGCGGGGGCGCGCGCGCGGCGCCCGGCGCGGGCCGCCCGGCCGACCGCGGCCGCGCGCCGACCUGGGCGAGCACGGCAACAACAUAGCAGACUCAUUCCCCAGCGCGGAAGACUGGGACAACGAGGAGUGGUCAGGAUCUCUGUCGGACACCAAGGUGUUCACGCCCAGCACCGCGCCCGGCGGCGAGGACGCGCCCGCCCAAGUCACCACGCAGGAGGAGUGUUGGGACACGCCCGCGGCGAACGGCGCCGAGCACAUUCCCAGCUACAGCUACAGUCGCCUGCCCGAGCCCAGGGCGCCCAUUUUGCAGCCUACGAUCAGCCCGGCGACGCUCGCGGCGCCGCCCAGCGCCUCGCCCGCGCCCGCGCCCGCGCUCGCACCCGCGCUCGCACCCGCACCCGCGCUCGCACCCGCGCCCGCACCCGCGCUCGCACCCGCGCACGCGCAGCCCGCCGAGCCGCAGCCGCCCCGACACCAGCCAAUGGGUAUGUCGGGGUCGCUCUCCGCGGCGCAGUCCCAGUACCUGUCGCAACUCACUCAGCAAUCGCAACGGCAUGAUAACAGUGUAUAUUCGUCAAAUUAUGGUGUAUACGGUUCUUCUGACAUGACUAGUCAAAGAAAACCACAGCGAGCGAGGGUGCCUCCUCCUUCCAAGAUCCCGUCGUCAGCGGUGGAGAUGCCGGGCGGCGAGGGCGGCGCCAUGUUCCUGGACGUGCAGUUCGGCGCGCUGGAGCCCGACCUCACCGAGCCCGCGCCCGCGCCGCAGCCCGCCGUCGCCCAACCCCAGUCCCAACCCCAACCCCAGUCCCACCCCCAGUCCCACCCCCAACCCCAACCCCAACCCACCGUCGCCGCGCCCCAGCACCAGCCCGCUCAACCGCCCAAGCCGCUUCCUACGGCGGUGACGGCGGCGCCCGAGCCGGCGCCGGCGCCCGCGCACGCGCACACGCACGCGCACGUGCACGAGCCCGCCCCCGAGCCCAGCGCCACGUACGCCAACACCAACAGUAUGUUACCGGAGAGUUUAGCGCCAGAACCAGUCCCCGCACCGGUAGAACCUGCCCCGCCACAGCCUAACAGUUUAGAGAAGCAGCUAACGGCAGCGAUGAAGCAGCUGGCCGUGUCCGCGGGCGACGCGCCGCAGGCCGCGCCGCAGCUGCACCGACACAAGGCUAUGGGCCAGCAGAACGUGUACGCACACCACGCCGCGGCGGCGCACCACCCACCCGUAUACGGAGCCAACGUCUACGCGCCACAGGCAAGCUCAACAAACGCGUCGCUAACGACCGGCAUGUCGGCGCCGGCGUACGGCUCCGCGGCCGCGCUCACGCAGUACCAGCCGAUGAUCAACUCCUACCAGCAGGCAAGCUCAACAAACGCGUCGCUAACGACCGGCAUGUCGGCGCCGGCGUACGGCUCCGCGGCCGCGCUCACGCAGUACCAGCCGAUGAUCAACUCCUACCAGCAGACGUCAUCGUCAGCGGGAGUGUACGCGGGCAGUGCGCUAUACACGUACCAGCCCAGUCAACAGGCCAAACUACCCACUAAGGACAACACGCCACAGUAUGACAACUCGGUAGCAUCUAAUAGUAAUAGUUUAACAAGCACGUCAACGACACAGAACUCAACCGCCAAAGUAGCCACAACCACAGUAAGCGCAGGCGCGAACGCGGGUGCCAACGCGGCGAACGCGGGCGUCACGGGUGCCGGUGCUAACGCGGGCUACGGCGCCGCGCUGUACGGCGGCGUGCAGCCCACCGGCUACCACUACGACGAGGCGCAGCUCAUCACCAGGACGAUGCCGCACCACAUGACAUGGACUACGAGUGCUACGAACGCGGGCGUCACGGGUGCCGGUGCUAACGCGGGCUACGGCGCCGCGCUGUACGGCGGCGUGCAGCCCACCGGCUACCACUACGACGAGGCGCAGCUCAUCACCAGGACGAUGCCGCACCACAUGACAUGGACUACGAGUGCUACGAACGCGGGCGUCACGGGUGCCGGUGCUAACGCGGGCUACGGCGCCGCGCUGUACGGCGGCGUGCAGCCCACCGGCUACCACUACGACGAGGCGCAGCUCAUCACCAGGACGAUGCCGCACCACAUGACAUGGACUACGAGUGCUACGAACGCGGGCGUCACGGGUGCCGGUGCUAACGCGGGCUACGGCGCCGCGCUGUACGGCGGCGUGCAGCCCACCGGCUACCACUACGACGAGGCGCAGCUCAUCACCAGGACGAUGCCGCACCACAUGACAUGGACUACGAGUGCUACGAACGCGGGCGUCACGGGUGCCGGUGCUAACGCGGGCUACGGCGCCGCGCUGUACGGCGGCGUGCAGCCCACCGGCUACCACUACGACGAGGCGCAGCUCAUCACCAGGACGAUGCCGCACCACAUGACAUGGACUACGAGUGCUACGAACGCGGGCGUCACGGGUGCCGGUGCUAACGCGGGCUACGGCGCCGCGCUGUACGGCGGCGUGCAGCCCACCGGCUACCACUACGACGAGGCGCAGCUCAUCACCAGGACGAUGCCGCACCACAUGACAUGGACUACGAGUGCUACGAACGCGGGCGUCACGGGUGCCGGUGCUAACGCGGGCUACGGCGCCGCGCUGUACGGCGGCGUGCAGCCCACCGGCUACCACUACGACGAGGCGCAGCUCAUCGCCAGGACGAUGCCGCACCACAUGACAUGGACUACGAGUGCUACGAACGCGGGCGUCACGGGUGCCGGUGCUAACGCGGGCUACGGCGCCGCGCUGUACGGCGGCGUGCAGCCCACCGGCUACCACUACGACGAGGCGCAGCUCAUCACCAGGACGAUGCCGCACCACAUGACAUGGACUACGAGUGCUACGAACGCGGGCGUCACGGGUGCCGGUGCUAACGCGGGCUACGGCGCCGCGCUGUACGGCGGCGUGCAGUCCACCGGCUACCACUACGACGAGGCGCAGCUCAUCACCAGGACGAUGCCGCACCACAUGGGCGGAUACUACGAGGUGGGGUACGGCGUCGGCGGUGCUCGGGAGGGCACGUUCGGACUUGGACCUACAGACAGGUUCACGCGGACCGACGCUGCCUCGCCGCAACAAGUCAGCCAGGUCCCCGCAGCGUUACCGCCUGGCUAUGCGUACUUCUACCAACCUCCCCCCACGACGUACCAAUAUGGAGUCUACCCCACGUACGGCGGCGGGUCUAACGUCGGUGGCGUCGGCGGCGUCGGCGGCGUGGGGUCCGUGUCCGGGGCCGUGACCGGCGCCGGCAAGGUGUCCAGCUACUCGCAGCAGCAGCCGCCGUACGACCAGGACUCUUACAAACCUGGAGGCGGCUACAACGCGAGCGCGAACAAGGCGGCCGCGGGCGCGCCGCCCGAGCUGGCGUCCGCCAUGUACGCCAAGCCUCACGUCGCGCUCAACAAGGUCAAUAGUUACGACAAGGCGGCGUUCCACAGCGGCACGCCGCCGCCCUUCGGCGCCGGCUCGCACCUCUACAUCCCCGCGCCGCACAACGCGCACCAUCCCCACCACCACCAGCACCAGAUGGAUGUACGGGUGAACAGUAGUCAUAAUAGGCGGGAGAGCGGAGCGGCGCGUGCGGCAGCGGCCAAGCCGGCCGCCAGCAAGCCCAGCUACUCGCAGUCCUACUGGGCGCCCAACUAGCUGCACGCCCUAGCGACCGUGUCCCCGGGCACCUGUAAAUAGUCGCCACGUCGUGGGCGCUCCUCCAAACAAAACUGAUUAAUGUAAAAUACGCAAGGAAUUUGAAUGACCUAUGUUAAUAUUUGGUUCACACCGGCGCCGGCCGCAGGUCAUCGCUCGAUAGGAUAUUGUUUAAAUUUAACUGUAGAACUAUGUAUAUCUUAUCUUUGUAAUAUGUAUAUGUAUGUAAGCGUUUGGUACGCUAUGCGCGCCGAAUCUUUUUGUAUUUAGUUGACAGAGUUUUUGUAAUUACAUAUUAUAGUUGAAUAAACGUUCAGCGAUCUAUAAAGUAACGUAACUACCGUAGUCGAGGUCUUUUUUAUGUGAAAGAAUGCAAUGUGUUGAUCUCGCGGGCAUUUGAAAGUAUGAGGGAAUUACACGUAUUGGAACUUGA